UCCCAGAAGGCGGAGGUAGGCCUUGGCGGUUGUGUUAGACUUGUUGUCAUGGAAACGCAGCCGAGCGCUGCCCAGGCCGCCGGGACGUCCUAGCGGGCGGCCACUGGGCGAGGGGCAAAAGGGGAGUGGAUUGGCGGGACGGUCUCGGAUCAAGGAGAAAGCUCCGGUAACGCUCCACGUUUCCCAGUCGAGCCGCCCCCGGAAGUUCAAGAGCGAUGAGGCAAAGCAAGAUAACGUCGCUUCCUGUGAACCCGGCCUCGCCCGCCUUAAGGCGCCAAAAGGCCUCGGCGAGCGAGUCAGGAGGAGGAGCAGCCGCGCUCCGAGCUUCCGCCUCGGACGCCAGUUCGCAGGGCGACUCGCUUCAGCUGCCUGAGAGGAAGGCUGCGGCUGCCGGCGGCAGGGCGGCGGCGGCGGCCCGUCCCUCCCCGGACGCCUCUUUGCAACCCGCGCUCAGGGACCCCUCAGGACCCGCCCCGCGUCUUCUCCCGGCCCGCGCUGACGGUGAGCCCGGAGCUCAAGGCUCGGCCGGUCAGGCAGGCACCAUGCUGGGCAUCUUCCGCUCGAUCCCCACGCAAAUGGACUAUAAAGGCCAAAAACUAGCAGAGCAGAUCUUUCAAGGAAUCAUCCUUUUCUCUGCUGUAAUUGGAUUUAUUUACGGGUACAUCACUGAACAGUUCGGCUGGACAGUUUACAUAGUAAUGGCUGGAUUUGCUUUAUCAUGCUUGCUCACACUUCCACCCUGGCCUAUAUACCGCCGCAAUCCUCUGAAGUGGCUACCUGUCCAGGAAUCAACAACAGAUGACAAGAAGCCAGCAGACAGAAAAGUAAAAAGGCAUCCUAAAAACUGAAGACUUGUUUUUGUUGCAUCAUUUUCUGUCAUUAAAUCUGCUCAGAAAUCUA